GUUGCGAGGGCGUCGUGCAAGCUGCUACGGAGGCAGUGCGUCGAGCAAUACACAUUCAAGUCACACGGUGUGUACAUCUGGACACUGUCAAAGAGCAUUGAUGUCACCAAGCUCAAUGAAGAAGAUAGCGACGAGGGCGAUGACGCCAGCGACGAUGACGGUGAUGAUGCCAGUGACAAAGCCAGCGACAAGAAACCAAGUUCCAGGAAUGGAUCCGGUGGCCCAGAAAGGUGUGCUGGGAGUGGAUGGGCAUCCAUCGCCUUUCGUGUACUGGAUGCCAUUGAGCAGAUCUCAGAAAAGCGCGAUCGGGAGGUUUGUCCAGGCUUCUUUUUCAGGCAGGCGAGGCUAGUGAACAGGCACUGGAACGGUUGGGCAAACAAGGCAACCCUGCGCGUGGGACUGGCUUCAGAAUUCUCGUCCAUGAAUGGUCCCUCCCGGAGCGCCAUUCUGCGGUCUGUGAAAACCAAGUUCCCCAACGUGGAGGAGCUGAUGCUGCCGAGUGGGUUCAAGUUCACGAUGAUCGGGGCCCACUUCUUGAGCACGCUGUCCAAGCUCAGGCAUGUCGAGCUGCGAGACUGUCCCCUAAUGGACACCCAGCUGUCCUGGCUGAAGGGGCUGGUGGGACUGCGAAGCCUGAGGAUCCGGAAGAGCAGGCAAUCGACCGGGCCAGGAUGGGAGGCGAUCGGCGGGCUGGUGGCCCUACGGGAACUGCAUCUUGAGGACGUCAAGGUGGGGCGAAAUGCCUUGUGGACCAAGAUGCCCAGCCUGAGGAAGCUGGAGCUGAGGCUGGCAGAACAGAACAGGGUUUCAGAACACUCCAAGGACGGCGCCGAGGGCUGGCACAGAGUUCCGGUGGGUGUAUCCCGCCAGCCCGCUCUCACGGAACUGACCAUCUCCAAGAGCUUCGUGACGAAGGCGGACUUGGCCCAGUGGAGGGACCUGUGUGCGUUGACCUCGUUGACUCUUGUGGACAUUUUGUACCGCAGCGACCAUCCCCGGGAUAGGCACUUCUCAGGACUGGGGGCCCUGCAUGGGCUGCGGUUUCUGGGCCUGACAAGGUGCCACGGCAGAAUGGGCUUUUUGGCUAAACUCACUUCGUUGCAGUCUCUCAUGCUGGAGGAUUGCAAUGGUGCGAGAGGCAAGGGGAUGGGGAUGCUCACAAAUCUCACGUCUCUGUCCAUCGUGGGGUGCUCGAUGGUGAAGGACGCGGAUGCGAAGGGCUUAGUGGCGUUGACCGGGCUGCGGCGCCUGCGAGUGAGCAAAUGUGGGUUGACAAGUUCAGGAUUGGAGACUCUCACAUCAAUGGCUCCGGGAGUGGUGGUGGAUUCGGGGUGGUGA